UGGUCAAUGUGAAAAUUGUUGAUAGACAAUCAUUUCAUUUUAUUGGUGUUUUAUAGAUAUCGAAUUUCCCCCUUGAAAGCUGCGAUGGUGGUGGAUUAAAGAAUGCUAUAUCAAGAAUAAGUACUGAAUAUCGACUCCAGUUUGCUUGGCCACGCGGCAAGAGAGGGAAGGAAGAGGAAAGCAGCGGUCCUCCAAGAAAAUCAUUGAGUAUGGGUGCUAUUAGACCAGUUCCUGGCUCCAACCCGGCACAGGGAUCUCAACCACCUGCACCAGUUCACAAAAAGCGGAUCCUUCAAGCUGAUAAACUAGGCGGAACAGCUGAAUUAGAACCACUUGUUUCAAACCAGGAAUGUGACUACGCAGGUGAAGAAAAAAUAAUACAAGAGUCAUUUAGUAAAGGAGAGAAGUUGCAAAGUGACAAUGUUGAAUUCAAGACUGAAUAUAAGAAAAAAUUUCGACCAUUUUCCCAAUACGAUUAUAUAGAAGGAAGAUUUAAACCUAAGAGAGAACCUGAGCCACAAAUACUACAUGAGCUUGAAAAUGAACAACAAGACUCAUGGUUCAGCGAAGUUAUUGAGCUGAGGAAAAAAGCUGGAGAAUAUAAGCAUCGCGGUUGGGGUACAGAGUUAGUACCUGAACAUAUUGCUGAGUUAUACAAUAAACAGAUAACUCUAUGGGAGCAAGUUUCUAGAAGAAGUUCCCUGUCUGCCCUUUCCUUAGCAUCAUCUACUCAUCGUUCUAUUACUAAAGAGGAAAAAGAAAAAGAAAACAAUAAGAAAAGUUCACCAACAAAUGCAUUUUGGCCGGAAAAUGUAAUAAAACAUAGUCAAAAGAUUGAAAAAUGUGAUGAAAUAAGAAAAGAUUUCCCUCCAAGAUCUCGCAUUGACCAUUUUGUGCGACAUCAUUUAGAAAGAACAACUGGUGUAGGCGAAGAGGGGAUACUUCAUUCACCAACAAGGGAAAAACUAGAGCCAGUUUUAAUAAGAAGGAAAGAUACUGGAAACGAAUCAACUCGAAGUCCUCAAAAAGUUCAACCUUUUACUGGACGAUCUCAAUCAGCUGGGCCUAAUACAUCAACUGUUGAAAAAUCACCGAAACGCAUUCAACGUGUAAGCCAUGGCACAAAACAACUUGCUCCUGAUAAAAAACAACGCCCAACUACACUAGAUACUGCCCCCUCUCGAACUAUUCAAAAAACAGGUUCGAAUAAAGGUGCCAACCUCAAGAAUAAGUCUGGAGGAAUUAGAGUCAAACCGAAAUCAAAGGCCAGUUAUUCCAUUUCCAAGGAGAAGUCUGGAGAUGAAGUUGAAACCAGUGAAGCUGAAAUAGCAGAGCCUGUUGUCAAGUCUCCACCUGAGCCUACAAGAGUGAAAUCACCUGAGCAAGUUUUAAUGAGAUCUCCUGAACCAGUAAAUUGGACAGUUCCUCUAGAUACAGGGAAAACAUUUACCGUCACUCAAAAUGUUUCAGAAGGAGAAGGACUUUGCAGACCUCACAGUGAAAGUAAAAUGCGCUCUGAAAGCCUGGAACCUCCACCUCCGCCCCCACAGUCUGCACCUCCAGCUUUCACAGACGAAUCAGAUUGGAAAAAAGAUGAAAGUGAACCGAAAAAAACGUAUGAAAAACCAGUUCCUGGUACAACUUUAAGAUGUCUUGAUGAUCCAUCCUUUACUUUUGAAUCUACUUCUCAUGACCCUAAACCUUUAUCAGAUGUUAUAGAAAAAGCCCAUUCCCGUUUUGAUCAAUUCUGGGGGAAAACAAACCAAGAAAAUGAGGAAAGUCAGGGUCAGGUAUAA